UUUUGAGACAAGGAAUUCUUUAACUGUAGUAUUCUAAAUUUUCCACCGAUAUUAUGUCGUGUACAAGAGUAUUUGUGAGGGCAUCUAGGGGAUACUCUACAUCGGUGCAAACUUCAGCCAUAUCUAAGUUUCCCGAAGGAUCGACUAUUUACUCCCUAAUUCAACCAACUGGAAGAAUUCAUCUUGGAAAUUAUUUAGGGGCCAUUAGAAAUUGGCGUGAUAUUUCAAGUAUUGAAUCAAGGGAUACAAAGUAUAUAUUUGGUAUUGCUGAUCUCCAUGCCCUCACAUUACCCCAGGAUCCAGUAAUUUUAAAGAAGAAUAGAUAUGAAGCUAUUGCUAGUAUUUUAGCCGCAGGAAUAGACCCUGAAAAAUGUAUAUUGUAUCAUCAAUCAUCAGUUCCUGAACAUGCAGAACUUAAUUGGAUCCUUACUUGUAUCACCAGUAUGGGAUAUUUAAAUCGUAUGACUCAAUGGAAACUGAAGGCCAAGACUGGUGAUGAUAGUUCUGUAUAUCAAGAUGAAGUAUUGGCCAAUGUUAAGGCUGGAUUGUUAUGUUACCCAAUACUUCAAACUGCAGACAUUCUUCUUUAUAAAUCUACUCAUGUUCCAGUUGGAGAUGAUCAAUCACAACAUUUAGAACUUUGUAGACAUACUGCUUCCAAUUUCAAUCAUGCAUUCAAAACUAAUUUUUUCCCUCAACCUAAAACUUUACUUACUCCAACAAAGAAAGUGCUAUCAUUGCGUAAUCCUGCCAAAAAAAUGUCUAAAUCUGAUAUUGAUCAAAACUCAUGUAUAUACGUCAAUGAUUCGUUUGAAAUCACAUCGAAAAAAAUUAGAAAGGCGACCACUGAUUCAAUUCAGGGGAAAAUCACCUAUGAUCCAAUUGAAAGACCAGGUGUUUCCAAUUUAUUAACCAUUAUAUCUGGAUUAACUAGAAAACCAAUGGAAACCACUGUGGAUGAACUUCUGUGGAUUACAAACCAUAAGGAAUUAAAGGAUUACGUAAGUGAAUUACUUGAAGCUGAAUUUAAAGAUACAAGACAACUCUUUGAUGAAUUAACUAAAAACACUGAGUACUUGGAUAAAAUAUGCAAAAAUGGUAAUGAUAGAGCAAGAUCAAUUGCAUCUACAAAUAUGAAAGAAAUUAAGAAAUUAACUGGCUUAGAUUAGAAUUAUUAGAAUAUAAAUAUGAAUUAAUAAAUAUGCGUAAUAGAA